AUGAAACAACAUCUUGCCGGAACUAUAGGAAAUACUUUUUCUUGCAAUAAAGUUGACCCAGAAGUGCGGCUCAAAAUAAAAAGGUCAUUGGAUUCUAAUGCAAAGAAAAGUAAGGAGAAGAAAGGGGUGUUUGACGACUCAUCAAGUGAAGGUGAUGACAUUCCUACACAAAAGGUACCGUCAAAGGGGAAGAGAAAAGCCUCUAAUGGGAUUGAAGCAUUUUGUCAGAAAGAUCUUAAGGUAACUCAUUCUUCUCAACCUUCUAUUAGAGCAUGCAUGCAAAAUAAGGAAAGGUGGAAAGAGACUGACUUGGCCAUUGCGUUAUGGUUUUAUGAUGCAUGUAUCCCAUUUAAUGCUUGCAAUUCACCUUACUUUCAAGGUGCCAUUGAUAAAAUAGCUAACAUGGGUCUUGGUUAUAAACAUCUUUCUUUUCAUGCUUUGCGGGUUAACUUACUGAGUGAUGCUAAAAUGCAUGUUAAGUUGAUCAUAGAUUCUAUGAGAAAAACUUGGGAGGACACAGGUUGCACUAUAAUGGCAGAUGGGUGGACAGACAUUAGACAGAGGUCUUUGAUUAACUUUUUAGUUUACUGUCCAAAAGGAAUUUCAUUUGUCAAAUCUGUUGAUGCUUCUGAUAUUUCUUCAACUGCUGAAGAAUUAUGUAAGUUGUUUUGUGAGAUUGUGGAAUGGGUUGGUCCUCGUAAUGUUGUACACAUGGUAACAGACAAUGGAGCUAAUUAUAAAGCUGCGGGUGGUAAGCUUGCGGAGAAAUAUCCUUUAAUUUUUUGGUCGCCAUGCGCAGCUCACUGUGUGAAUUUGAUAUUUAAAGAUGUUGGAGAGCUGGAAACCGUCCAAAGUUUGGCUAUUCUUGCUUCAAAGGUGACUGUCUUUGUCUACAAUCACAAGGUGACAUUGACUUGGCUAAGAAAAAGAAAAGGAUGGCGAGAAAUUAUCCGUCCUGGUGCGACCCGUUUUGCUACUACCUUUAUCGCUUUACAAAGCUUACAUGCGCAUAAGGGUGAUUUGCAGGGUUUGGUCCUUAGCGGUGAGUUUAAGAAAUAUUCGAAAGUGCAAAGAGCUAAAGAAGUAAAACAAAUUGUAUUGGAUGAGAAAUUUUGGGAUAAUUGUUUGGUGAUCGUGAAGAUUAUGACACCCUUGAUACGCUUGUUGCGGUUGUGCGAUACUGAUGAGAAACCAUCCCUGGCUUAUAUAUAUGAGGGCAUGCACAGGGCACGUUUGGGGAUUAUGAAUAUUUUUAAAAAUAAGAAAAGACUCUACACGCCCUACACUGAUAUUAUAGACAGGAGAUGGGAUCUUAUGUUGACAAAAGAUCUCCAUGCAACAGCAUAUUAUUUGAACCCUGCUUUUCAAUACGAUCAAUCUUCUUACUGCAAAAAGCCUGAGAUUAUGCGGGGAGUGCUCAAUGUGUUGGAUAAGGUGGAAGGCGAGGAGGGACUAGCAAUACUGGAUGAGUUAAGAAUUUUUCGAGAGCGUGAGAAGGGCUUUUCUCGUCCAAAGGCAAUUGCUUGUUGUAAAACCACUAGACCAGGUAAAUAUUAA